CGUACUUGUUCGACAGACUAAUAACGGAGUAUACAUCUGCGUUUUCGAUCUGCUAGAGACUUAGCCAUUGCACAUUAUGUUGACUUCGGCCACUUAUCACCUCCUACGUUCACUUUCUCAUGCCCUUCCGAUUCAGUCAUGUCUGUCAACUCCUGACCGAUCUUGAGAGUGUGGUGACCCACGACCCGCCAUACUUGACAAAAACCCGUGAUGAGGAAUUGAAGCGAAAGAUAGAAUACUGGUUUCGAUGUCACCGAAAAGCCAUCGAUCUUGGCGAGGUCGAUGGAGUUGCCCUAUUAUCAACCCUACUUCCUGAGAAAAGAGCCGACAGAGUCUACGGUCUGCAGGAGGCCCGCCUUUGCAAAGUCAUAGCAAGAUGUCUGCGCUUGAACAAAGCAAACACGAAAAUACUCCAGGAUUGGAAGAAAUCUGGACAUGGCGGUCUUGGUGGCUGUGUUCAAAGGAUACUCAAAGAGCUCGACUGUGAACGAAAACCUGGACCACCUGUGACCAUCGAAGAGCUCGAUAUGACGCUGCACACCCUCGCGUCCCGUUGUCGUUUUUCCGACCCUGCAGUGCGCUUGAAUGAUGCUUCGACAUCAGUUGAUGAGCUAAUUGGACAGCUCUUCCGAAGGCUGAAUUCCGUAGAAGCCAAAUGGUUAACUAGAUUGAUCCUGAAAAAUUUUUCUCCAGUCGAAAUCAACUACGACCAAGUAAUAUUUGAGUUUCACUUUCUCCUGCCUGGCCUUUUGCGCUUCCAGGACUCGUUUACGGCCGCCGUCGCACAACUGAGGACUUCCUUUGCACAUUAUCCCUCAAAGCCAAACAACGACAUCCAGCGAGCGGCUUGGACAGCGGCUUCUACCCUUUUCUCACCUGUAAUUGGAGUAAAAGUAGGACGACAGACAUUUGUGAAAGCUAGGUCCAUGCAACAUUGCAUUACUCUUUGCGGCACUCAAGCUUGGAGUGUGGAAAGAAAGUAUGACGGUGAAUUCUGUGAGGUGCACAUUGAUCUUUCUAAAGGCGAGAAUUGUAUACAGAUCUUCUCUAAGAGCAGCAAAGAUUCCACUGCAGACCGCCAUGCUCUCCACGCCACCUUGAAAGAAUGUUUGAGGAUAGGAACACGCCGCUGCGCUUUUCAAAAUCAAUGCAUCUUGGUUGGAGAAGUAGUCGUAUGGUCUGACGCUCAGCAAAGAAUACUCGAAUUUCAUCAUCUACGCAAGCAUAUCUCGCGCUCAGGUGUUUUCCUUGGACGUGAAGAAGAUUCGCAAAUUGAGCCAGGAGAACAUCUUAUGAUCGUUUUUUUUGACAUCAUAUCGCUUGACGAUGAGAUUUUGCUGAGAAAGCCAUACAAGGAGCGCCGUCAGCGUCUGAAAGAGGUGGUGAGAUGCAAGGCAGGAUACGCAAUCACAUCUGAGCGUUCUAUACUCGAUUUUCGACAACCGAAACGAGCCCAAGAUCAGCUAUGCUACCAGUUCGCUGCAGCAUUAGUGAACCGGUGCGAAGGUUUGGUCCUGAAACCCCUGGAUAUGCCGUAUUUUACUAGUGAAGGUGACACGCGAGAGAAUGGCAGAGGAUACGUGAUCAAGCUCAAGAAGGAUUAUCUGCACGAACUUGGCGAAAUGCGUGAUAUAGCAGAUUUUGCUGUUGUCGGCGCAAGUUAUGACCACAAGCUUGUCCCCAAGUCUGGCAUUCGAACUAUAAAAUAUACGACAUUCCACUUAGCAUGCUGUGUCAAUAAGGAGAGAUCUGUAAGGUUUAAAGAACGCCCACGAUUUCGGGUCAUUGGAGUAAUUGAUGCCAAUCAAUGCAUUCCUCAAACCGAAUUACAAGCACUAAACAGCUACUUCAAAUUUCACCAACUACCAACAGCAACAGCUCCCUUCAGCAACCCUGAAGCGCGUCCAAUCACAUUCGAUUUGGAGUCUGAACGUUGCUCCAGAACACAGAUCGAUUCUUUGCUCACAGAGCCUUGCGUAGUGGAGGUGCUUGGGAGCGGCUUCGUGAGGUCACCAAAUGCAGGCUAUUAUACGCCCAGACACCCUCGGAUUUUAAAAUUGCACUUGGAUCGUGGCUGGCAAGACGCUUGCACGUUCCAAGAGCUGCAAGAAAUGGCCGAGUCUCAAAGGCUUCCCGCAGAGAACGAGUCGCAGGAAAUAUUAGAUCUUUUGAAAAAGCUGCAAGGUAAAUUUCAACGUAAAGUCGAACGGGAGUGCUCUACACCAUCCUCCUUCCGGAGUAGGAAGUUGCCUAGCAGUUUCAGCACCAUACAUCCUGGGCAGCAUAGUUCUUCACCUUCACCAUCAUCAUUAAUAAGACAAAACACGGAAAGAACGAAAGAGACUCGAGUUAAUUUCAGGACGAACAGAAACGGAGAUUCGGCAAAAAAUUCAGGCGUAGUUGCGCGCGAAAUUCUCGAAAGCCGCGAUGACAAUUCGAAGGAAGACGGUUUACGGCCCAGGACUCCAACCUGUUCUAUGACAACAGAGCUUUCCAGCGGAUUUGUUUCGAAACGUCCAGCUUCCGGCUUUUGGGUAUCCUCAGUUGAUAAGCGCCAAAAGUCGACUAAACCAGCGAGCAUUGUCACUUCCAAUGCUGGGGCUUUAUCGCCCGUAGAUAGGAACGUUGUUUUCCGCUCGUCAUUCAGUCAGCAGAAUUUCUCGAGGGUGCGGUCUCGUGGUAGUAGAAUUGAAUCUUGUGGGGAAACUCACAAGGGGCUUAGUUCUCAACCUAUGGCAGUAAUGACUCCACUUUGCCGCAAUGAGAGUUGUCCGCUCUCUAAGUCCAUGAUAUUUCUAUCCCCCUGUGUCCAAGGCUUUCAUUGGGUCAGCGAUACUCUGCUAAAGUGGCACGGGUCGAAGCAAGUUCUCUCACUCGCACAGUGGAGUGCCGACGACAACACGACGCAGCAAUGCAGUCGGGCACUACGAGAAAAUUUAACCACUUUUGCGCACCAUAAGCUUGUGCUGGUGGAGACUAAUCGACUUGACGCCACGUUUCAAUGCGUCAGCGAAGUGAAAAGCCUCAGGGUGCGAGAUCCGGUGCUUUUUUUCGAUUGGCGCAUCCUGGAAGACUUGUGGGCGUUUGAGAUCGAAGAGCAUCAAGCAGAGGGCCGCGUUAGAGAGGAGAUACUGGAGAGAAGAUAUUUUGGGCUAACAUGCUGGUCAGCAGACAAAGUCGUAUUUUGGCACAAGGACCUUGUCAAGAUGCCGACGGAAUGGCUGGACACGUGAGUGAGACAAGCGCGCUGACAAUGGCUACCAUAUCAUUGGCAAGGACGAUGGGCUGUAGUCCGGUACAUAUAACGGCUUUGUUUUCGGAUUAAUGUUUCUGAGAACGGGGCUGCCAUGUCUGUAGAGGAAUGCAUUCGAAGCCUUGGACGUCGGACAACUUUGUGGGACAAGGGAGAAGAUGCAGACGGAAGAAGGAAGGAAAGGAAAGAGAUUCGCCCAAAAUCGAUACC